CCUGGACUAGAACAAGUGUGGUAACAUGUUGACGUGGGCCUGGUGAGGAACGUCCUCCUGUCAGGGACAUAAAUACAGAGACGGGGAUCAGCCAGCCGUCUGUACUCCUCCUGGUCUCUGAAUGAAACUCUUGACUGAAUUCAUUCUGCAGGAAACAGGAAGGUGGAAGAGGAAGUGGUAAAUUUCCUGAAUCACAAAACUUUCUCAGUGUGGACACACACGCGCGCACACACACACACACACACACUGAUACAUGUAUUUUGAUUGAAUAAAAGGUAAAAACACAAAUUGAAUUAACAAAAUGUCGUCAGAACAAAACGGAAACUUCACAACCACAAUUCCAAACCUGGCGACUCCGAUCCCCGGAGGUGGAAGAGGCGGCGGCUGCCCGCCAGUCGGAAUUCAGCUGGAGGGCGUGAUCCUGCCUCCGGUCCUGACCAUUGACGUCAUACUGGGGCUGCUGGGAAACGUAGUUGCCCUGUGGAUCUUCUGCUUUAAACUGAAGGCCUGGAACCCCAACACGCUGUUCCUCUUUAACCUGGUCAUUGCCGACUUUCUGGCUCUGGUGAGUCUGCCGCUAAGGAUCGAUGCCUUGCUCAGAGGCUACUGGGUGUUUGGAGAUGGCUUGUGCCGGAUCAACCUCUUCCUGAUGUUUUCCAACCGCUCAGCCAGCAUCGCACUCAUGACUGUGGUGGCAAUUUACCGCUACUUUAAGGUGGUUCACCCUCACCACCGCUUCAACCGUAUGACCAAGCGGCAGGCGGCCUUCACAUCGGUGUUUGUGUGGAUGCUGGUGAUCAGCCCUCGGGUUCCCAUGCUGGCUUACAGCCACAUCAAGGGCCGCGGCCACAACACCACCCAGUGUUUCUUCUUCACUUCGUACAAAGAGGCGUCGCGGGCCAUCAUCAUCCUGGUCAGCAUGCACCGGAUCCUGACGGUCCUGGAGUUCAUCAUCCCGCUGGCCAUGCUGAUGUUCUGCUCCAUCCGGAUCUCCAGCUUCCUGAAGGGGCGGCAGAUGGGAAACCCAGACAAGGUGCGAAAGGCGAUGCGAGUGUGUGCCGCCAUUGUGGCGGUGUUCAUGGUGUGCUUUUUACCCACCACGGUGACAACCAUCGGGGUGUGGGUCAUCCGCUCGUACCGCCCGUGGGACUGCACCUCCUUCUACACGUUUACCCAGCUGACCAUCGUGUCUUUGGGGCUGAACUUCCUGAACUCUGCCCUCGACCCCAUCAUCUACGUUUUCUCCAGCUCCAUGUUCAGGAGGGCCCUCUGCAGCUCGCUGCCCAGCGCCCUCCGCUGCAGGCAGGACAAAGGUGACGGCGAGAACGCGGCUUCUUCGUCAGGAAGUCAGUCGACCACCCAGCAGGAACUCAAAUCCAUGAGGGCUGACAGAGGGAGUGAGGCCAUGUAAUGAGCUCUGCCUUGAUAAUGACUGGACCAAAACUUCUUUUUCUGAUCUAACAUCCUAAAAAAAACAUUUUUGAUUCGUGCUGUCGAGCUACAGAUGGAUUUUAAUUGUUUUACUUAAUAAUCUUAAACUCUUGAUUUGCUGCUAAGAUCUUCCCUCCAAUGUGAAGUUCUCAACACUUUUACUCUCUUGCACAUAUUGUCAAUAAUGUUACAAAGCUCCAGUAUGUCUCCAUGACAGACAUUUAAACAAUAUUCACCCUGAAACAUUUGGUAUAUUUAGAAUCUCUACUGCUCCGUCUACUCCCACUGCUGCUGUUUCAAAGGUAAAAUGAAGCCGGACUCACAGAAGAGAGACAAAAAACUCUUCUCAUGGGUUCACUGUAGGUUGUGAUAUGUAAUGUGCUCCAUCUAGUGGACAGAUCAUUAACUACAUCAGCUGAUCAGGUUCUUCUCUGUCUCACACCAAAUGUAUGACCUGUGCAUACACGAGAGAAAUAAACUUAAUAAGCUUAGUUUUCUGAAUGUAUAAAAAUCCACAGAGGGAGAGAAAGUGUGUAUUGAUACACACCUUUAAUGUGCAAUGCAGUCUUUUAAUUGCGGUGUUUGGAGCUGGGUUUUUUUUUCAUAUCAGAAUUAUGUCUGUAGUUUAAAAACCCUUCACUGUGCUCACACUCGUCUGUAAAUAUGUUUGUCAGUAUACAUUAUGAUAAUCACAAUGAGAAUGAUCCUUUUCUAAAUAAACAGAUGAAUGUAUGAUUUUUAUAUACAUAAAAAAG